AUGACCAACAACAACAAUAAUAACAACAAUAAUAAUAAUACUUUAUUAAAGAAAAGGGAUGUAUCAGAGGAUGAUGAAGAUGGUGGUGACCAAGUAGAUACAAACAUAGAAAAGAAGAAAAGGAAAUCAAAUGAAGGAACACUCGGUCCAACAAAGACAACAACUACGACUGCAGCAACAACAACAACAACGACAAAGAAACCAUUCUUUAAUCCUUUUGAAGGAGAUGACGAAGAAGAUGACCUUUUUCCACCAAUGAAUUAUGAUGGUGGUGGUUCUUCUUCUUCUUCUUCUUCUUUCACAUCGGUAUCAUCAUCUACAAUCCCUUUGUUUGUUGGCUUUCAAACUGGUAACAAACAAAAAAUCAACAUUUCAGAGGAUAAGCUAAGAGCCGCUUCAGAGUCGUUCAAAUCACUCGAAAAUGAUGAUGAUGAUGAUGAUGAUGAGGCGCCUAUUACUACUACUAGUAGUUCAAAAAAGCCUACUACAACCGCCUCUUCUUCCUCUUUAUCAUCUACUAGACCAACAACAACAACAACAACAACAAAACAACCUCCAAAAUCUCCUCAAUUUGUUCCUCCCACUCCUAAACCACCUUCCCUAGCAACUACUGCACCAAUAGCAACAACAACAACAAAAACACCAACCAAAGCCUCACCUUCUGGCCAUCUAAACAAAGCUUCAUCGAAUUUCACCUAUUUUCAUAAAGGAGCUCCUUCAACACCAACCAAACCAACUGCAAGUUUAAAGGUCUCAUCAUCAAAAUCAUCCUUUGUAUCACCAGUAAAAAAAGAAGCAACAAUCCAAAACUUUAAUGGUAGGAUCUAUUCGCCUGCGCCUGCGUCACCAAACAACAACAAAUAUAAUAAUAAUAGUAACAACAACAAUAAUAAUGGAACGUUGUCAGUAAAUUUAAAAGCCUCAUCGAUUACACCAAACAAAGUUUGUACCAAACCAAACAAACCUGUAGACCUCAGAAAAAAACUUUCAGACCUUGGAUCUCCUUUUACAAAAUCACCAAUUGGAAUAGUAACAAAAGAAGUACUUGCAGUAACUAGAAAAAAUUGUGAAGACUAUGAAUUUGAUGGAACGAGCAAUGAAGCCAAAGAUUUGGGUUUUGUCAGACAAAAGAAAAUAGCUCAUUCACAAAUAUAUAUCCAUUUGUCUAAAGAUUCUUCAUUUAAAUGUGUGACCGAUGAUUGGGUGCGUAAUCAUUAUGGAUGGAUUGUUUGGAAGUUGGCAGCAAUGGAGCGAGCAUUUCCAGAUAUUUUUGGUGGAAAACAUUUGACACUUUACAAUGUGAUGACCCAACUCAAAAAAAGAUGCACCAAGGAACUCGUUCAAUGUCAAAGACCCAUCCUCAAAAAGAUUUAUGCAAAAGAUUAUUCUUCUGAAAAACAUAUGAUUCUUUGUGUUUCUGAUAUUUUAAGUAACGAAUCAGAGAAUAGAAAAGUCCAAGAUUCAUCAACUUUAUCAGAACCAUCUCAACCAACUCAAGUCGUGAUAGAGCUGACAGAUGGAUGGUACUCUAUCAAAGCACUUUUGGAUCCAUUUCUAUCCCAAUGUCUCAGCAAUGGGAAAAUCUUUGUUGGACAAAAACUAAGGAUCCAGGGUGCCAAAUUGGAAGGAAUUGAAGGUGGUGCACACCCUCUUGAAGCAGAAGGAGAACGUGCUUUUAUAAAAAUUUUUGCAAAUAGCACCAGAAGAGCAAAAUGGUUUGACAAGUUGGGACUUCAACCUCAACUUUGGUUUCCAAUAUCUUUAAAAUCUGUUAUUCCUGGUGGUGGUGUCAUUCAAUCACUAAAUGUUAAAAUAUUGAAAAAAUAUCCAAUGGAAUAUCGAGAGAUAAUUGAAGGAAAAGCAACUAUAAAAAGACCACAGUCAGAAGAAUAUAAAAUACAAAAUACUCACCAAUUGGAACUGGAAAAAAUUCAAGAAAAGUUGGCCUAUGAGAUUAGUGAAAAAUAUCAAAAAGAUCAAGACAAAGAUUUAAUCCCUAUUUCUAGUUUUGAAAAGUCAAAUUUGGGUAAAAUAUAUGAUGGAGACUUGUUGUAUCGAAUGUAUAAAUCCCAAAAUGAAUCAAAUAGUUUAAUCGAAAGACUUAAUGAAGAACAACAAUCAAUUUUGCGCAAGGAAAUUGAAAACAAACAAUUUGAAAUGAAUGAAAAGAUUGCGAGUGAGAUUAAACAAGCAAUCAAUGGAUCAACAAGAAAUGUUACACCUAUUCUCAAGAUUAGAAUAACAGAUGACCCAAAUGUCCAAAACAAACAACAAUCAGAAAACAACAACAAUAAUAAUGGCAACACCCAACCAAUUAAAUCAAUUACAACAGGCAACUCUUAUAUGACACAAAAACAAAUAUUUGACUCGGUCGAUGAACCAGAGCUAUAUCUUCCAUCCAACAAUUUCAACCCUCCUUUGUUACCACCUGUCCAAUCCUUUAUUGAUACUGUUGGAAAAAACCCCGUAUUCCCACCUGUUGCCCCGGUUACCUUUGGUGGAGCAUCAAAACAACAAAGUUAUGGAGACGCAAAACAAAAAGUGGAAUCUUUAUCCAAUGAAACAAUAUUACAUUUCUACAACCCAUCCGAGGAAUUGAUAUCCCAAUUAAAUGAAGGGGAAUGGAUCCAUUUCAACCAUCUACAACCCAUGUUUUCCAACUCAAUGUAUCGAAACAAAAUAGCAGAGCUAAAGAAUCACCACAAGACAACCAUCUCCUCAACAUCUAAAAAUACAACUCGUCGACAAGCAGAAAAAGAAACAAAAGAUAUCCCAAAAAUAACACACUACCAAACCCAAAAAAUAGGACAAGAAUGUGAUUUAAUCGGCCUACUGAUUCAUGUCGGCCCUAACAUUUCCAACGUUGAUAACAUCAGAGGCAACAAAGAAGUAACUCGGACUUUAUACAUUGGUGAUAGUAGUAAUUGUAUUGCAAAAAUAACUUUGUGCAGAGUUGCGUGGACCAAGCAAAAUCAAGAAAAUGCAAACAAACAAGAUAAUAAUAUUAGUAAUCUUAAUAUGGACAUUUCUAUCCCAUUUGCUGAAGGAUUUACACGAGAUGCAUUAAAUAUUUAUAAUCACACCAACGUCGAUCGAUAUCCAAUUAUUCACCUUGCCAAUUUAAAAUAUGAAGGUUAUGAUUCAAACAAAGAAUUAUAUUGUUUUGGCUCAAAAGAUACAGUCGAUAUUACAGUCACCCCAAAAUCAAAGUUGGCUGAUUUAUUCCACAAUUGUAGACAAUGGUUAUUAUUAUCACCAGGUAGUAUGAACCUUUUCACACAAGUUGUUAAAUUGGCUCAUGUAGUUGAAAAUAAUCAUCAUUUAUUAAAUGAUGGAGAUUUUCAAUUUGAUUUUGAUGACGAACCGAUCCAACAACCAAAACCACUAAACCAAGAAGAUUCAUCAACCGAUGAAGAAUCAUUUGGUACUCAACCAACAACUCAACCAACAACUCAACCAAAUGGAAUCAUGCAAUACAAACAAAGUUUGGAUGAUAUUGAUUUUGGAUCAUAA